GCAACGCGAGCCCCGGGGCCGAGCCUGGCCUGGGCGCGCGGGGCGCCGGAAGGGGGCUCUGGACUUGGGUCCCUCCCCCUUCCCCGCGGCUUCCCCGAGCGCUCCAGCUGCCAGACUCUCCUCCGCCCAGGUACGAGCCGGGAGAGGAGGGCGCGUCUCUCCUCUUGGCCCCCCACCAUGGGCAGUAUCUCCAAUAACUCCGGGUCGGAUGACUGCGAGUCUCGGGAGUGGCUCCCCUCCGGCGAGAGCCCGGCCAUCAGCUCCGCGAUGUUCUCGGCCGGGGUGCUGGGGAACCUCAUCGCGCUGGCGCUGCUGGCGCGCCGCUGGCGGGGGGACGCGGGCCGCAGCGCGGGCCGCGGGAACUCCAUCUCCUUGUUCCACGUGCUGGUGACAGAGCUGGUGUUCACCGACCUGCUCGGGACCUGCCUCAUCAGCCCCGUGGUGCUGGCUUCCUACGCUCGGAACCAGACCCUGAUGGCACUGGAGCCUGAGAGGCGCGCGUGCACCUACUUCGCCUUCGCCAUGACCUUCUUCAGCCUGGCCACGAUGCUCAUGCUCUUCGCCAUGGCCCUGGAGCGCUACCUGUCCAUCGGGCGCCCCUACUUCUACCAGCGCCAUGUCACGCGCCGAGGCGGCCUGGCCGUGCUGCCCACCAUCUACACGGUCUCUCUGCUCUUUUGCUCCCUGCCGCUGCUGGGCUACGGGCAGUACGUCCAGUACUGCCCCGGGACGUGGUGCUUCAUCCGGCACGGCCGGACCGCGUACCUGCAGCUGUACGCCACCCUGCUGCUGCUUCUCAUCGUCGCGGUGCUCGCCUGCAACUUCAGCGUCAUCCUCAACCUCAUCCGCAUGCACCGUCGGAGCGGGAGAAGUCGCUGCGGACCCUCCUUGGGCAGCUGCCGGGACGGCUCUGGGACCCGCAGGAGAGGGGAAAGGGUGUCCGUGGCAGAGGAGACGGACCACCUCAUUCUCCUGGCUAUUAUGACCAUCACCUUUGCGAUCUGCUCCUUGCCGUUCACGAUUUUUGCAUAUAUGAAUGAAGCCUCUUCACGAAGAGAAAAAUGGGACCUCCAAGCUCUUAGAUUUUUAUCGAUCAAUUCAAUAAUUGAUCCUUGGGUCUUUGCCAUCUUUAGGCCUCCUGUUCUGAGACUAAUGCGUUCAGUCCUCUGUUGUCGGGUUUCAUUAAGAGCACAAGAUGCAACACAGACUUCCUGUUCUAUACAGUCAAACGCCAGUAGAUUGACCUUUGUCGACACUAGUUAGAAGUGCUUCAUUAGCCAGACUCUGGAAGAUCAUUUUGAAAUGGCUCCUUGGCGAAAUGAAAAAAAUUAGUUUAUAAACCAAAUGAAGCCACCUAAUAAAACAGAGUAAACAAACAUUUCAGCAGUGGUUUAGGCGACAGAGGUGCUGAGAAGGCGUUUCAUGGAAAGGGUCAGAAGGAUCCAUAAAACCUACCUGCAAUGAGCAGGUUAGUUGGUCUUUAGAUGAAAAAGACCAGUUUUCAGAUCCAGUUUCCUUUUGAUUUAAGCUUUCCUGUUGAGUGAGAAAGCAUGUGGUUUUGUGAUUUGUUUAAAGCCCUAAAUAGUUACUGUAUUUUCUAUUUUAAUCUUCUAUGCUACUGCUGUUAUAAACAUGCAGUGUAUAGUCAGACAAGACAAAACUUCAUGUGUAUCUUCUAGGAAGAUGAUACAUGGAAGCAACUAAGACUGGUGUCCUGUGAUUGCUCAACAGCUCUUUGGCCGAUGAAUUUGGAAAUCACAGGCACUUUGUACCAUCAUAUUUGUGUAUGUGGGUGGACUCUCUGGUCACUAUGGUAUUAUGGGUGGAGCAGUAGGCUCAGCUGGUUAACAUCACCUUUUCAAUAGUCCUCCAGAAGCUUUGUGUCAACGUAUUAGGUUAUUUAUUUUAUAUUGCCCAUUAUGUUAAGAGUAAUCAAGAAAGCUUUUGGAAUUUUCUUCUCAACAAGAAAUAAUAGGUUAUUAAGAAAGUUUUAAAUUCUGAUUGAUACUCUUCAUUCUGUUUCCAGGGAGGGGCUAUGUGGCUAUGUCUAAAGCUAAAUAUUAGAAUAAAAACUGAAAAAUCUGGUCAAUUCUCAAUAAACCAUGAAACUCUUCUAUUGUUCCUGUUGAGACUAUGACUAACGUAUACUUGAUAAGAUGACUGUAUUGUAACAAAAUUCAUGCAUCUACAUUUUUAUCCAGGAAGCAUGGUUUGACUCAUUCUAUAUAGGAAAUCAUACAACAGUGAGUCAUAUCUUAAUAUGUUUCUAAAUCUAAAUGUUUGGCAUGGUAUAGAUCUGACAUCAAAAUAUUUCAGUGAAUUUGCACUGUUUAAUCAUCUUAG